UUAACAGAUAUGACAAAACGAAUUUUACCAAUUAUUUUGUAUGAACUCAUCUCCCUAAUUUCUAUUUCUUCCGUGAUUACAGUGUUAUUAUUAUCAUCGAACUGUUUUAUAAGUGCAUUGUUUGAAGGGGAAAAGUGUACAGCUCCAAUAACCCAUGGAAAGGGUCUUUGUACUGAAGUCUAUAAUUGCAAAUAUGCCCUCAAAUUAAUUCGUAGUAGACGAAAUCCGGGAUUAUGCGGCUUUAAGGGAAACACUCCUCUUGUUUGCUGCCCUUUGCCGUCAAAGCUGAACCUUCCUGGAGCUUUAAGUGUAAAAAAAUGUAGGGAAUAUGACGAUCCUAAUUCUGAGGCACUUGCUUUCGGGGAAAAAGCUGUUUUUGAAGAGUUUCCUCACAUGGCAGCCAUUGGUUAUGGCACACGCGAAACGGACAUUGCAUGGUUAUGUGGAGGAAGUUUAAUUAGUCACAAAUUUGUACUUAGUGCUGCGCAUUGUGCGUAUGAUCAAGAGUAUAAAGAAGCUCAGUGGAUUCGUCUUGGAGCCCUAGAUCUCAACAACAACGUCAAAACCAACCCUCGAACCAUGAAAACCGUGAAAAUCAGCCAGAUUUACCCACAUCCAAAUUAUAAAUAUCCUUCGUAUUAUUAUGACAUCGCUUUAUUCGAAAUGAAUGAAACUGACAAAAUUUUUUAUCCGGCGUGUUUACAUCCGUAUCAAAAUCUUCCCAACACGAAUUUGCAAGUUACUGGAUGGGGUACUGAAAGCUAUUUAGGUUCACGCAGUAGCCAUUUAUUGAAAGCAACUUUGAGUAUGGUAGAUCACAAAAAAUGUGCUAGGAGAUAUAAAAGUUAUGUCGAACGAAGGAAAUUGGAAGCAGGUAUUUUGGACGAGAUUCACAUAUGCGCUGGUGAUGCAGAGGGUAGAGAUACUUGCCAAGGCGAUUCUGGGGGACCACUUCAUUAUAAAGUCUACUCGGGGACCGCAGCAGAGGGGCAUUUUGUUCUUGUAGGAAUUACUUCGUUUGGCCAACCAUGCGGUUGGAAAAAUAGUAUCGGUGUCUAUACAAGAGUAUCAGCCUUCAUUGAAUGGAUUGAAAAUAUUGUUUGGCCACAAAAUGACUACAAAUAAAUUGUACUUUAUACUUUAUUGUAACCAAGGGAUUUGAAGGUGAUUUUUAAUACAUAAAAAUAUCGUUGAAGCGGCAUAAAUAAAACCACGCAGCCCCUGCGCCAUGGGGGCGCAAAUUUCGAGGGGACGCGGAUUAUGGCAGUUUGGACCAAAGCAAAGCAAGAUACAGGAUGAAGUUAUUAAAUCCUUAACUAUAAAGGAUUCCGAAACUAAACAGGACCACUCCAAAUUGAUGCUGAAUAAUACUAGUAGUAAAGACGAUGACUGGUCUAUAGCCGGUAAGAAAAAACAUAAAAACCCCAUGAUGAAGUCCAAUAGCAGACAACCAAAAAUUGUUGGCCAAUCCAAAGAACAACAGACAAUAAAAACACUCCCUAAAUUGGCAUUUAUCUAUGUGUCCCGACUACAUCCGGACACAUUACCAACUAAUAUAGAAUAAUUAUUAAAACCUAAGUUUCCAGAAGUAAAGUGUAUGGGAGAAAAUCUGUCUAAAUUCCCGCAACAUUAUGCCUCUUACAAGUUAAGUGUUCAUCUUGAAAAUUGUAACCAAGCAAUGGAUCCACUAAUAUGGCCAUAUGGAUGUCAUGUAUCAAGGUUUUUUCACAGAAGACCAAUGAAAACUCUACCAGUGUAAAAACACAUCAAUCUGAGAAGGAUCUUAAAGAUGGUGCUGCACAGCUCCUUCACAUCUUAAUUAUUAACAUUCAAUCGAUUAAAAAUAAAUUAAAUGAG